AUGGCGGCACUCCGCUGUCCGCUGCGCUCCCGCGCGAUCCCCGCGUGUCUUGGAAUCCACUCGCUAGCGCAAUCGUCGCUUCCGCUCAGCAAUUGGCGCGCGCCAAGCUCCCCUUGCCUUUCCGCCACUCGCUCGCUGCGCGGCGCCUGCGGAGCCAUUUUCCCCUCUCCCCGCACUCCCCGCGUUCCUCAAUUUCCCGCCCCAGCUUCCGGCGGUUCCCGCAUUUCCCGCGCUUCUCCCGUGUCAGGCGCUUCCCGCAUUUCCCGCGCUUCUCCCGUGUCAGGCGCUUCCCCCGUUUCCCGUCGAUCACCUCCCUCAGCAGCUGCGGGCGGGUCUAUCCGGCGGGGAUCAGGUUCCGCUCCCGCUGCCCCCCCCGCUUCGCUGCUGAACCUGGCGGAAGUUUCCGAGCAGCUGCCGGCGGAUCUGUCGGGAUACUUGGCGCGAGUUCGCGAGUGCAACGCGGGGCUGGAGCGUAGGUGGGAGUUCAUCCCCUUCGUUGUGAACGGGGAGGUUGUGGGAUACAUUCACCACAGCUUCUGGCAGCACUUGGAGCCGUUUGGCGACGUCUUUUCCCUGCACCACCACGCACCCAGCAGUACCACCGCCACCACCACUAACAGCAGUGGCACCAACGCUGCUGCUGCUGCUGCUGCUGCUGGGCGAGUGCUAUCGUUUUCAGGGAGGCUGGAGGCAGCGGGGGCAGCUGAGCGCACAGAGGCGGUGGGAGGGGUGCUGCAGCGGCUGCGCGAGCAAGGCGUGGUGACUGGCUGGCGCAAUGAGCUAUAUCCCGUAGGUGCCUCGUUCUAUGCACCACCAGCGUUCCUCAUCGAGCGAGCAGCAGCGCCUCUCUUCGGUACCAAGGCAUACGGCGUGCACAUGAACGGCUACACACACUUGCCCUCCUCUUCCUCCUCUCUGCACCUGUGGGUGGCACGGCGGUCCCCAUUAAAGCCCACGUUCCCCAACCAGCUGGAUCAUCUAGUGGCAGGCGGGCAGCCCCACGGCAUCAGCUGCAGGGACAACAUGAUCAAAGAGUGUGAGGAGGAGGCAGAUAUUCCAAGGCACCUUGCGGAGAGGUGA